AUGAAGGCAGUGUGGCAGUCGACGGGGGAGCUUCAGGACGGCAACGAAGCUGUCUCUGCGCUCUGGAAGCUGCUGCAGGCAGUCGAAUCGUGCGUCUGGCUUGCAAGAGGUCAGCUUAGGGGCCCCACUAGAGCACAGCACAGGACCCUCAACUCGUUCAUGGACGAACGUGUCCAUCACUGUGCAGCAACUCGUGCGUCCUGCAACAUCCACCUGGGCGGAGCCACCCUGGCGACGGCGGCGGCCAGUCACAAGGCGCCGUUGGCCCGCUGGUGGAGGGGACCGCCUACUGAUGGCCUGCAUGGAGCGCAACAAGCGUCGGCGCUUAACCUGCGUCCUGGGAGGGGGGGCAUCGGCCUCGAACCAUCCAACCAGGAGCGCCGGCUACGAGACCCUUGUCCGGUGCCGCACAACGCCGUGGCAGACCAAUCGGCGCUUGAGGAGCGUGAUGGCGCUAGCGGCGGGCAGGCUGAGUGA